CUCCCCCACUUCCUCGCUCGUCGUUUGGUGAUAUUCGGGAGGCGACGUUGUUGACGAUCUCCCUGCACGUUUCACCGGAAUUGCCCAUGACGUGGGAUAAUAUUGAUAAAGGCAACGGAGGCGCAAGCACUGAGAUUCGUCGCCUGCUCAUCUAUGCACUGUCCCAUUCAAGCUGAGCUAAAGAGAACUGACUGUGUGAGGCCAUCAUCCACCACUUCUGGGGGAGGAUGUUGAUGUGACCCCACACGACCCUCCUCCUCCUAAAAUGUUUGAAGUCAAACCACGAGCCGUGGAGAAAAAGGAGUCCAGCACAGACACGGAUGAGGGCCUGGGGAGCAGCAGCAGGCCCUACGGCUCAGUGGGUUCUGGAUCAGUGGAAUCGGGGUCGUUCUACUUGUCAGACAGCCAGGACUGGGUGGUGUCCCAGAGCUGCUCCCCAGAGGAAGGCCCCACCCAGCUCAACGCCAUCUCCCCCAUGCUGGCAGAGGAAACUUUCCGCUACAUGGCAUAUCUCUCUUUGGACCACCCCUCUCAUUCCCACCCUGCCUCCCACUUCUCCAAAGUCCUCAGUUCUGAUCGUGUGGAGCAGAUGACCAAGACGUACAAUGACAUUGAAGUGGUAACUCACCUACUGGCCGAGCGUGACAGAGACCUGGAGCUGGCAGCUCGGAUCGGACAGUCACUUCUACAGAGGAACCACCUGCUGCAAGAGCGCAAUGAGGCUGUGGAGGAGCAGCUAGCACAGACUCUGGACCAGGUUCACCAGUUGCAGCAUGAGCUCAGUAAGAAGGAUGAGUUGCUGCGGAUGGUGGCCAGCGCCUCGGAGGAGUGUGAGGGCGACUCCAGUGCGUCAACCCCACUGAGGCCGCCCCAGUUAGCCGGUGCAACCGCCGCUGCCGCUCUCAGCCAGCUGGAGUCAAUGCAGUGUAAGCUGCAGGAGCUGGAGGAGGAGAACCUGGCUCUGAGGUCUGAGGCCUGCCAGCUGAAGAGAGAUACCGUCACCUAUGAGGAGAAGGAACAGAGACUUGUGAGCGACUGUGUCAAGGAGCUCCGCCACUCCAACAGCCAGAUGGUGACUAUGACUGAUGAACUGUCCCGGAAGAACGAGCAGCUGGUCAGACACCAGGAGGAGAUCGCUCAGUUGCUCUCCCAAAUCGUUGAGCUGCAACAUCGAGUGAAGGAGCUGGCUUUAGAGAAAGAGGAGCUGAGGAUCCACUUGCAGGCGUCCAAAGAGGCCCAGAGGCAACUCACGGCAGAGUUGAACGAGCUGGCCGAGAGGAACGCAGAGUGUGUCGAAAUGCUCCACGAGUCCCAGGAGGAGAUCAGGGAGCUUCGCAACAAGAACACUUCCCCAUCUGGCAUACGACGGCAUCUCUCCUACGGCCUCUACCCUAUGGAUUCCCUGGCUGCAGAGAUUGAAGGCACCAUGAGGAGAGAGCUGUGUGUUGAAGAAGAGACUGCAUUUCAGGACCAAAGGAUUUCCCAGAAGCGAGUCUUCCAGACAGUCCACUCCGUUAACGCUUCAACAUCCCGGCCACCUUCGGCCACUCCUCCAAUUCCUGGUUCUGGUCGGAACUCGCUGGUGAUGACUGCGCAACCCUUUCCUUCAGCUCAGGGAGAUGAGGUGCCAUCGGGACAGCCGAGCUCCCCGGGUGGGAACGACCUCACGAAAGCCCUGCAUCGUCUCUCGCUACGACGGCAGAACUUCUUGUCGGAGCACCAGUUCUUCAAGGCGGAACGGGAGAAAAAGCUGCAGACCAUGGCUAGAGCGGAGGCUCACGAUGCAGGAAGCGGCUACAGCUCGGCAAUGGGCAGCAUGUGCUCCUCAUUUUCCAAUCUGUCUGACCUGUCCAUAGGUUCCAGCGUCUUCAAGACCUUCCUACCAGAAAAGCUUCAGAUUGUCAAGCCCAUGGAAGGCUCACUGACGCUCCAUCAUUGGCAGCAGCUAGCCAAACCCCAUCUGGCCACUAUCCUUGACCCGCACCCUGGCGUUGUCACCAAGGGUUUCCGGCCGCUUGCCCAGGAUGCCGUUUACCGCCUGAAGGACAUGGAGGAAGAUGACGAGGAUGAAGCACACGGAGAGGGGGAGGCUGGUGUCUUGGAGAAAGGUGCAGCAGAGCGAGGUAAAGAGGAAGACGAGGAGGAAGGUGGCAUUGUCUUCCAAGUGCGCUGCUCAUCGACGCCUGAAGAGACGAAAGACGUAAAGCUUUCAGCCGCGCCUCUUCCCGUCGCUUCUCUCUCGACGGCCCGACCAUUGUCCGUCUCCGUCGCUGAGACAUGCGGCCAAUCAUCUCGCUCCGGUCCAAACGUUUCCACAACAACCGUCCAAUCGAGCACAUCUAUCUCAGUCCGACAUCCAGUCAAAUGUCAGAGCUCCACGUUCUCCACCUACACUUUCACCACCUGCCGCAUCCUGCACCCUUGUGACGUCACACAAGUCACUGAAAGUUCACAGUCAUCUCUCAAUGCCAACACGCCCAGCUCCAUGAGGACCGGACCCAGUACCCCUGUGACUCCCUGCCGACUCAGCCUUGGAGACGCCUUCCCAGUUCGGCGCCCCCCUGUGGCUGCCAGCGGUUUGGCCAAGUUGGUUCUGGAGAGAGGCAUUUCUGCACAAGUCUCCACAGAAACUCCCUCAUUGUGUGCAAGACCCACGCCCCCGCAGCCCCUCCUCCGCCUCCUCCCAGGCACGGCCCCCAACUCGCCCUCGCACUCACCCGGAUCCGAGUGCCGCCAGCACUCGGCUGACAAUUUCCUUGCGUCGAGGCCGGCGGAGUUGUUCCUGCGAGACGUUUACGGCUUGAACCUAGGCCGCUCCCCACAUCCCGACCUACCGAGCCCCUCCCGGGAAAACUCAGCCCGUGGGCUGCCCCCCGAUCCGCUUAAUGUCAGCCUUCUGGAGAGGCUGCGUCAGGUGGGAUUUACCAAGGUCCCCCGGGCCUCCGCCACUUUUGUGUCGGCGGGCGGAGGGAGCCUACUGGACGGUCUGAGGCGGAACCAAAGCCUUCCGGCGAUGAUCGGCGUACGAACGGGAAAGUCGGCAAGUCAGCCUUCCGCUCCCCCCCACCCCACCUCCCUGGCGCUCCCCCCACCACCUUGGGGAAACCUCAAACAAAGAUGCACAAAAGUCACCUCGAACGCCCCGCCACGUUCAGGUGAAUCCUAAAGGCCAUCGUCGCCCCUAAAAGUCCUGCCUCCAGCCUUCCAGCUUAUGUUAUAAGUCAACCUCGCUCUUUUUUUAAGACUUCAUUUUAAAGCACAACAGAUUUGAACUACCUGUGAGCCAUGAUUCUAGUUAUUAAAGCCUUAGCUUUUGUCUCUGUGAGCUUGUGGUACUUCGUUGAAAGGGUUUGCAUGUUUUGUAAAGAGGGAAGGAAUACUACAUGGACAUAAGUAUCGAGACACUCCACAUCAGUGUCGUGUAACUUCAAUGAGAAAAGAAGGUUUUGUGGAUGUAGAUGUGAAAGGGAAGGUGUUUCAGGUUGUGACAAUUUCAGAAAAAAAUGGUCUCUGUGUGUUCACUCGUGUCUGAAUCCAGAGUUGUUACAAGGGCUUCUGUAGGCGUGGCUUCAAUAUAAAUAUAAUAAAUGAUCAAAGUACAGGGCAUGCCAAGAAAAAUUGGCAUCAUUUGAAGUAUGAAGAUAUGACUAACUGCCAUGGCCUAAGCAAACAAAAUGAAAUGGGUUGCUUGUUCAUUGUCUUGAAGCAGAGGGGAUUUGAAAAAAGGUAAUACAUAUGCCAACUUGAAACUUGGAUUUUACUUUUUGUAAAAAUGUGGAUCAUUUGCAUGACAAUUGGCUGUUACUAGACCAGUUUUUCUUAAACGUUUUAAAUCAAGUACCACCUAAAAAAUACUUAACUCUCCAGGUACUACCAUAAUGACCAACGUUGAUAUAUCGUAGCACAGUAGGCCGAAAUGUUAAUCAAAAACAAGAAAUAGGUUUUAUUCCUACAAAGUAUAUUUAAUGUUGUUGUAAGCCACCGUAACAUUAAGUAAAGUUUGAACAUUAACACUGCACUUAAACAUAGGAAAAUAAAAACUGUCCUUAAUGAUUCAAUUAAAAUGUAUUACACAUAAAAGUAAAAUAUGAAUUGUACCUAAAUAAAUGUUUGAAAACAAAAUUAAAUGCUAAUGGUUUGUACUUCACAGUUAAAUUCAACUGAACUGUACUUAACAAAUUUACUGUACAACAACAAAAAAGUUUAAGCCACUAACAUUUUGCACGGUGUUAAAAACUUUAAUUUUGUCCAUCCAUCCAUUUUCGGAGCCGCUUCUCCUCACUAGGGUCGCGGGCGUGCUGGAGCCUAUCCCAGCUGUCAUCGGGCAGGAGGCGGGGUACACCCUGAACUGGUUGCCAGCCAAUCGCAGGGCACAUAGAAACAAACGACCAUUCGCACUCACAUUCACACCUACGGGCAAUUUAGAGGUGUCAAUCAACCUACCAUGCAUGUUUUUGGGAUGUGGGAGGAAACCGGAGUACCUGGAGAAAACCCACGCAGGCACGGGGAGAAGGCGGGGCUGGGGAUUGAACCCCCGGUCCUCAGAACUGUGAGGCAGACGCUCUAACCAGUCGUCCACCGUGCCACCCUUUUCGUGAUUUUU